AUGUCCAAUGAUAAUCUCACUGCUGAAAUGGGCCUGGGCCCUGCCAGCAUUGAAAUGCCACUUGCUGAAGCUGUGCCAGUUGCUUCUCCUGGUGCAGUGGCUUCCCCUAGUGCUGCUUCUGCCCCCAUUGUUGUCCCUGCUGCUCCUCCCAUUGCCCCCACCAUGGACCCUGCAGAACAUAUCACUAUCUAUGUCGAUUAUGAGGAAUACAACUCCCCUGAUGACAAUGAGGCAGACAUUGCAGCCAUUGCACUUGCAAAUGACUCCAGGGAUGCAACCAGUCCCAAAGUGCUUGGCAUCUCUCACACCAUCUAUCACAAGGUGGAUUGUAUUGAACAAGGCAUCAACAUUUUGAAGGGUGCAAUUGAUCAUGGUGAUGCUUUGCAGCUGUUGCAAAUUGAGUGGUGUUUCUUAAAUGUCAGUGUGCUUCAUUUGAUCCAAACAUGUUUCAAGACUGGUUAG